AUGAUGAUGCUCGGUUUUUCAACUUUGGCUGAAUUCUACGUCUAUGUGACGUGCAUUCUUUUGGGCAUCUCUAUGCUGAUGCCAAUGAAUGCCGUGACAUCGGCACCACGGUACAUGGUGGAUUACUACCGUUAUGUAACUGGGAACCCCAACGCCAAACCCAACUCGCCAGUGUUUUGGGCUAAUAUUUUCACCUUUUACAAUGUUGUGUCGUUGGUGACGCAGAUUAUAUUCGGGCCCACCGUGCUGACCCGUUUGGCGAGGAGGCUUUCUAUCAGCAACCGCUUCAUUUUUGCGCUCACAUCUAUGAUGUUGGAGGUUCUCGUUAUUCUGCUGCUGCCGAUGGGAAAAAUAUCCCAGGAUUCCGCCAUUGUCGCGUUUGUGAUUGUCUCGGUUGUGGCGGGUGCAGGUAAGUCAUACCUGGAGGCAACGUGCUACGUGUUGGCCGGAACCAUGCCUCCAAAGUUCAUGUCAGCGGUCAUGUUUGGUUGUGGAUUCUCGGGACUGAUUGCGUCCGCGAUGCAGUCUAUCAUUAAGGCAUCCAUGGCAAACACGUAUGAGUCGGCACUCACGCAGGCGUACAUUUAUUUCUCACUUGCGCUGGGAAUUAUGCUCAUCGCGCUCCUUAUGGCACUGUCACUGCGGUACAACUCCUUUGCGCAGACGUACGUUGCUGAGUACCGCAUGCUGAAACGCGCCCAGUGCGAGGAAAGGCAGAGUGAAGGGGUUCUUGAUGGAUGCAACUUGGAAGAAAUGGAGAACAGGGGUAAUGGUACUGCCGAAAAUAAUGAGCCAAUCGCCCAAAAGGAGUCCGUUGAGGUCACCGAGACCGCAGCGGCUGUUGCCGAGGAUGGUAUGACAACCGCGGAGCAGCUUUUGGCAACACCUGUGCUCCCAGUGAUAAAGAAGAUUUACCCAAUGCAGAUUGCGUGCUUUUGCUCCUUCUUUUUAGCACUCCUGAUCUUCCCCAGCUUUGUGAUUCCUAUUGACCGUGCCGACGAAUGGUUCGCUACGAUCGCCAUUCUUUGUUACAACGGUGGCGAUGCCCUUGGCCGGUUCUUGACGUCCUUCAAGGUGUUUUGGCCUUCUCGUCGUUUCACGCUGUACGCUACCUUCGUCCGUUUCCUGUUUCUCCCACUGAUCUUUCUGUGCAUCUAUCACUACAUUCCUGGCCAUGUUGCGCCGUGCCUUUUCAUGUUCUUUAUUGGUCUGACGAACUUCUUUGGUGCACUAACGAUGGUCUACGGCCCCGGUGCACCGGAGCUGAAGACGGAUGGGGAGAGGGUGAUGGCUGGGCAGCUUAUGGGAAUUGCGUUGCUGGGAGGUGCAUCUUUUGCGUCCCUCGUUGCCAUCGCUGUGGUGGUCUUCCUGCCUUAG